AGGAGCUGCGCGUCAACGAUUGGUCUGAGUCGGAGACUUCGUUUCCCGGUUGCAGUGUCGGCUGGCGCCCCGCAGAGCGGGGUGACCCGGAAGUGACUCCUCGGGCCGCGUGGACUCGUCACCUGGAGAGUGUGUUGCGGCGGCGGCGGUGAUGACCAAAAUAAAGGCCGAUCCGGACGGGCCGGAGGCUCAGGCGGAGGCGUGCUGCGGGGAGCGCACCUACCACGAGCUGCUGGUGAAUCUGAACCCCAUCGCGCAGCCCCUGGCUUCUCGCCGGCUCACGCGGAAGCUCUACAAAUGCAUCAAGAAAGCCGUGAAGCAGAAACAGAUUCGACGCGGGGUGAAGGAGGUUCAGAAAUUCAUCAAUAAGGGCGAGAAAGGGAUCAUGGUUUUGGCAGGAGACACGCUGCCCAUUGAGGUGUACUGCCAUCUCCCGGUGAUGUGUGAGGACCGGAACUUGCCCUACGUCUAUAUCCCCUCUAAGACGGACCUGGGUGCAGCCGCCGGCUCCAAGCGCCCCACCUGUGUGAUAAUGGUCAAGCCCCACGAGGAAUACCAGGAGGCCUAUGACGAAUGCCUGGAGGAGGUGCAUGCCCUGCCCCCACCCAUGUGAAGGACUUGGGGAGCAACCUGGCACCUGCUCUGGAGGCUGUUGGGCUGGCGGCGGGCCAGCUGGGAGCCCUUCUGCUGCCCACUCUCACAGCAUCUCCGUCCCGGGGCACGUCUUCUUCCCAGGCAGCUCCAGCAGCCCUUUCACUUCUCCAUCAGUGCUGUUUCCUGCUGAGCGUCUGUGAAGACACUUCCGAGAAUGUGGUGUGGGGGAAGUAAAUGCUAAGACUAAAAUGUGGUAA